UCUGGUAUUUAAAUGGACAGGAUAGGGGGCAGCUACCGUCUUUCAAAAAGGUUAUUUUAAUUUUCGCUCAACCGAAAAUGCAUCUUGAUGCUCUGGUUCCUGUGGAGGUUGAUCAUCGGUCUAUGAAUCUAAUUGGAAAUAUGAAUAAUGGACCCCAUUGGCUAAGGGGAUUCACUUAAUUAGAUAGACUCUACCCUACAUCAUCCCACAAUGUAUUUCCUUAUUAAAUUGCAGCACGUACAAAAGAGUAAGAACUGCUUCUAUUUGACACGUUAUUAGUCUCCACCGAUCGAUUCAAUGCAAGACUAUUUAGUCCAUACCUUUUUCACCUAGCCUACUACACACGUGGGUGAAAUUACGUGGUCAGUUCAUUUCAAUCUCAUCCAAACAGGCCCGUUUAUCUCCACCAUCGUUAGAAGACGUCAUAUACCCUAUUUGUAGCCCUACUUUCAAAGGCCAAGUCGUAUAUAAAUUGGCGAUAGCUCGCUUGAUCGAUUGGGUGCCUCGGGAAGACUUUUAAAUUAGACGUCCUCAGCAAACCAAACAUUCAGAGCAGCCGAGAAAGCCAACCAAUUAAAAAAAAGUAUUCUAGUUUGCGUCCAACCGCAUUGAAAUUCUACGACGUCCGAACAAUGAACUAAGUACAUUUCUGCAAGUGCAAGUAACCUUGACCUCCUCAUUAUUCCCCGCCUUGAGUUCCUCGGCCUGCGGUUGAAUGAAAAGCGACAUUGUUUCUUUAAGAUUGGACGUGAAGUCAUCGGCGGGUCUGUCCAUUGUUGGGGGAACAGAGAGCGAGUUGAAAUUGAUAAACGGUAGGGAAACUACAAGUUGGCUACAUUAUCAGCCGAGCAGCUGCAGCGAGAGCGCCACUAGCCAACAAGUGUUGAUUACAUCCUUCCAGACAUGGGUUGCUACGACUGCUGCCUGCGCUGUCUCAGCGGGGUGCCGUACUGCUCGCUGGUGGCCACGCUGCUCUGCUUCUCCGGCAUCGCCCUGUUCUGCGGCUGCGGGCACCAGGCGCUGACCGAGACCGAGAGACUCAUCGAGACCUACUUCGCCCGCAACCUCCAGGACUACAUUACCCUGGCCUACAUCAUUCAGUACUUCCAGUAUGUUAUCUACGGCCUGGCGUCCUUCUUCGUGUUCUACUGCAUCGUGCUGCUGGCCGAGGGCUUCUACACCACCAGUGCCACCAGGCAAAGCUUCGGCGAGUUCAGGAGCACCAUGUGCGGUCGCUGCCUGAGCUCUUCGUUUAUCGUGGUGACGUACGGACUAGCUGUUGUGUGGCUGCUAGUCUUUGCCUUCUCCGCCCUGCCGGUGUACUUCUUCUACAACAUGGACGCCACCUGCCACACCAUUGAAGUCCUGACCGAGACCCCUGCCAGUAUCAACCAGUUGUGUGUGGACGCCAGACAAUACGGCCUCCUACCGUGGAAUGCAGUGCCGGGGAAAGUGUGUGGCACGACACUGUCCAAUAUUUGCAAGACCAGAGAGUACCUCAUGACAUACGAGUUGUACGUCGCUGCCUUUGCUGGCGCUGGCAUCACUUUGUUGGCACUGGUGCACAGGUCCCUGCAGGUUGCAGUGCGCGUGAUGUUCACCAGGGAGCUAAGACACAGGAAGCAGAGAAAGGGAAUGCCCCAUGGCCCGUACAGAAGCACACAAAGGGACAGAGGGGAAGUGUUGUGCUCUCCAUAUCCUGUGGCAGCCAGUGUCCAAUCCCACAUCCCUGAUGACAAAUAAAGAUGUGGGGCUGGUGAUCAGAAUAGUCUAGAAGUGUACCAAUGUAUUGGCGAUUCCCAUAAGCUUUAAUUUUUUAUGACUAUUGUGGAAUUAUAAUGGAAUUAAGAUGUAUUAUUGUUAUAUGUUGGAAAAUAUCCCAAUUUUGUUUAUGUAGUUAGUCAAUGAUGCCAAAGGGGCUUUUCUUGUUAUUUCCUGACAGAACUAGAGAAAAUAGUUUCUGCAGUAAGAGUGCUAGCAUAUAUGCAGUUAUGCACCGCUCAUCUUUUCUAUGAACGGCAGACAGGGUAAGAGUUUUUGUAUUGCUGGUUAUUCUUUUCUUAUCAGAGCCUGUUGUCUCAAAUAAAGAUGGAGUGCUUGCUUGAAAUUGUCCCUAAAGGACCAGAAAUAUUCAUCAAAUGUUACGAAGGCAUAGAAAAAUACUCCUAAGUCAAAUGUUUUUUCAGGGUUUUCAUUUUAAUCGUACAGUAUUGGAUUUGAUUCUUGACAUCCUUUGUGUUUUAACAUUGUCCAUAGUACAAGGAAAAAUAAAUAGUAGGGA